AUGUCUACCAAACCAAAUCUGAAAAGAAUUCGAGAUGUUCUUAAUUUCGAAACCACUGAUGAAGUGGAGGAAAUUGCUUCUGAGGAUGAAGAAUCAAAUUCUGAUCCAGAUUUUUCUCUUUCUGAAUCUAAAUCCGAUGACACAUCCACUGAUGAACGUAUUUCAGAAAAUGACAGUUCGUCUGAUUCUUUUACUAGUAAUAAUGAUCUAAAUCUGAAUUUUCAACCAGAUACAGUUGAAAAACAAAUGGCGUUUUAUGGUCGAGAGAAAGCUCCAACACUGCUGGUCGUUUACAUGCUACUAACAUAUUGA